GACCCUGCCGCGCGACCAAUAUCUUGUUUCAAACCAGUUCACUCGCAACGAACAGACAGAGCCAGGUGGUCGUUGGAGGAGGGCACGAGCUCCGAGAUGCGCAAUCUGAAGCGCUGUGAGGUGAUAACCAAAGACAAAUAGAAACAGACCUCUAGUGUCAACCGGAAAAAUCAGUGAGAUAUAGUCUAGGUCGGGCAAACGAUUUUUAUUAGGCAAUAAAUUGCUUACAUUUUGAAUACGACGAUAAAAAAAAUCUUUAAAAAAUCUAAAGCCUUGUUCGCGAAGGCUUUUGCUCAAUCAUCGGUGUGGAUGGAACAGAACAUUUUUUUUGUAGACUUGUUCUGCUGAAUUGCAGGAAAAGAGGAGAAAAUAAGCCCCCGGUGGAAGAAGGAAAGGGCCCUGACCAUCCCCUGCCCUCCUUUCCUCAAAAAGGCUUUUCCACAGGCUGGGACAACACUGCUCGGUAAACAGAACUCUACCAGUUCGCUGCAGAGGGAAGACACUGAUGCUCUUGAUUACUGGUGGUUGAUGUCACAUCUCAAAGCUUUCCUCCAGGUCCUCUUCAGGAUCCCUGCCUCUCCUCUCGGCCCAGAGUAACCAUUCAGAGAGCAGACAGCAUGGCGCUCACCUGUCUUCCAUGGCCCCUGUUGGCUUGGAUGUGUGUGGUACUGAAUCUGCCCCUGGUGCAGGCUGGGGAAUGCCCUCGACUAUGUGUGUGUGAGAUCCGGCCCUGGUUUACUCCUCAGUCCACCUACAGGGAGGCCACCACCGUGGACUGUAAUGAUCUGAGGCUAACUCGCAUCCCCACCAACCUGUCAGCGGACAUCCAGGUUCUGCUGCUCCAGAGCAACUCCAUUUCCCACACGACCGGUGAGCUGGAGGUCCUGUACAACCUGACGGAGCUGGACCUUUCCCAAAACAACUUCAGCAGUGUGGAGGCGGUGGGCCUGACCAACAUGAACCAACUGACAACCCUGCACUUGGAGGAGAACCAGAUCAGUCAGCUGCCAGACCACUGUCUGCAGGACCUGUCUAACCUGCAAGAGCUCUACAUCAACCACAACCAAAUCAGCUCCAUCACUCCUGGGGCCUUCUCUGGCCUGCGCAGCCUUCUGCGCCUCCACCUCAACUCAAACAAGCUCCGGGUCAUUGAUAGCCGCUGGUUCGAGGCCACCCCCAACCUGGAGAUCCUCAUGAUCGGAGAAAACCCAGUCAUUGGUCUCCUGGACAUGAAUUUCAAACCUCUAGGGACUCUGCGGAGUCUGGUGCUGGCUGGUAUGGAUCUCACCGACGUUCCCAGUAAUGCUCUAGUGGGUUUAGACAGCCUGGAGAGUUUAUCCUUCUAUGACAACAAGCUGGUCCGAAUCCCUCAGCUGGCUCUGCAGAAGGUUCCCAAUCUGAAAUUCCUAGAUCUAAACAAAAACCCUGUUCACAAGAUCCAGGAGGGAGACUUCAGGAACAUGCUGCGUCUGAAGGAGUUGGGCAUCAACAACAUGGUGGAGCUGGUAUCCUUUGACCGUUACGCACUAGACAACCUACCUGAACUUACCAAGCUGGAGGCUACCAACAACCCCAAACUUUCCUACAUCCACCGACUGGCCUUCAGGGACGUGCCCUCUCUAGAGAGCCUGAUGCUUAACAACAAUGCCCUCAAUUCAAUUUACCAGCGCACUGUGGAGGUUCUGCCCAAUCUAAGGGAGAUCAGCCUCCAUAGCAACCCUUUGCGUUGCGACUGCGUCAUACAGUGGAUGACCUCCAACCGAACCACGGUGCGUUUCAUGGAGCCCCUCGCCAUGCUUUGUGAUUCUCCACUCGAGUUUCGGGGCCAGCAUGUCAGAGAGGUGAAGCUCCAGGACUCUCCAGAACAGUGUCUGCCCCUUAUCUCCCAUGACACCUUCCCCAGCCACCUGAGCCUGGAGCUGGGCAUGAGUGUCAGCCUGGACUGCCGGGCUAUGGCGGAGCCUGAACCCGAUAUCUACUGGGUCUCCCCUCUGGGGACCAAGAUCACCAUGGACACCGUGUUAGAUCGCUACCACCUGAGCAGCGAGGGGACCCUGAGGCUGUCUCAUGUACAGGUGGAGGAUUCUGGCCGCUACACCUGCGUGGCCCAGAACUCAGAGGGAGCGGACACCCGCGUCACUACCAUCCGUGUCAACGGAACCCUACUGGACAGUGCCGAGGUCAUGAAAAUGUACGUCAAGCAGACCGAGUCCCACUCCAUCCUGGUCUCCUGGAAGGUCAACUCCAAUGUCAUGACUUCCAACCUAAAAUGGGCCUCGGCAACGAUGAAGAUCGACAACCCCCACAUCACGUACACUGCACGUGUCCCUGUGGACGUCCACGAAUACAACCUCACACACCUGCAACCCGCCACCGAGUAUGAGGUGUGUCUCACCGUCUCUAACGUCCACCUGCAGACCCACAAGUCAUGCGUCAACGUGACAACCCGCAGUGUCACCUUUGCUCUGAAUGUGUCUGACCAGCGUCCCAGCGCCGCUCUUCUGGCUGUCAUGGCAACCAUGCUGGCCUUCCUCAGCUUGGCUACGGUGGGCAUCUACAUUGCCCGCCGAUGGAAGAGGAAGAACUACCACCAUUCCUUGAAGAAGUACAUGCAGAAGACAUCCUCCAUUCCCCUCAAUGAGCUCUACCCACCUCUAAUCAACCUGUGGGAGGCAGACAGUGAGAAGGACAAGGAGGGCUGUGUGGAGGGCAAACCUUCUCCUGUGGACACCACUCGUAGCUACUACAUGUGGUGAGGAGACCUUACCAGGCCAGAACCUGGAGCUCCU